AUGGGUGGUGAGCAUGUGGACGAAUCGAGCCAUGAUGGCGGCGCCGCUGAGACCAAGGGCGACAGCAACGCGACCGUCAUUCUAGGCUGUGGAAUCAUCGGCCUAUGCACAGCCUAUUUCCUGACUGAGACUGGCAAUACUGAGCCCACCAGCAUUCACAUGAUUGAUUCGAGUCCCGAAUUGUUUCAUUGUGCUUCUGGGUUUGCGGGCGGCUAUUUGGCUGCUGAUUGGUUUGCGCCCUCGGUCCGCUCUCUCGGUGCCCUCUCCUUCAAACUCCACGCUGAGCUCGCAUCUACCCACGCCGGCCGCUCCACAUGGGGUUACGCGCCCUCCACAGGCAUCUCGCUUACGCAGGACAGCGAAUCGGAAUCUGCUGUUAGUGGUAGUGGCGAAGACUGGCUGGAAAGCGGAAGCAGUCGCGCAGAGCUUGUGAAUCACAAUCGAUCACGGGAGGGGCAAAAUGGCGGGCCCGAGUGGUUGAGGCGCACGCAAGACGGGGUCAUGGAGGUGAUCAGUCGCGAAGGAACAACGGCGCAGAUGGACCCCUUGCGGUUUUGCAGGUGGCUGUUGGAGAGGUGCAGGGAGAGGGGUGUGAGGGUGCAUCAACCUGCAAAGGCGUUGGGCGUGGUGCUGGAUGAGAACGGCGUGCUUAGGGGAGUGAAGAUGGGACAGGAUGACGAGGAGAGGGAUUUACCGUGUUCGCGCAUCGUCAUCGCCUCCGGUGCCUGGUCCCCACGCGUCUUCUCAACACUCUUCCCUGCUUCCGAGUCUCGGAUACCCAUCUCCUCGUUGGGAGGCCACUCGCUGCUCGUUCGCAACCCGCACUUCAACGCCGCCGAACCAGACAAGGAGGUGUGCCAUGCAGUCUUUGCCACGGAUACAUUGGGCUUCUCGCCAGAGUGGUUUGCGCGAACGGGCGGAGAGCUCUACCUGGCUGGUCUGAAUGCGACCAACAUCCCGCUGCCCGAAGUGGCUACCGACGUCAAGCCGAGCGAAAAGGCGAUUUCGCAGCUCAAGGAAUGCGCAAAAGCCAUGAUGCUGAAUGUCCCUGGCAAGCCAUUCGAAGUGCUGCGCGAAGGUCUUUGUUUCCGCGCAGUGACUUCGAGCGGCCGACCGCUAGUUUCGCGAAUACCGGAAGACAGGCUCGGAGGCGUCAAGACCAAAGGCGGCGCACGAGGCGGCAUCUUCAUCGCCGCCGGCCAUGGUGCUUGGGGAAUAUCGCAUGCGCCCGGUACGGGCCUCGUCAUGGCAGAGCUGAUAGAAGACCGACGGACGAGCGCAAAGGUGGAUGCUUUGCAGCUCCUUUGA